CACGCCAACGUGCUAGGUGCUGGGCUAGCGUUUUCCCUGCCGCGGUGACGUGCAUCGCAGCACCGUACGUGUUUUAUAAACAGAAAGAGACUCUAAAAACGCAAGCUAAGAUGAGCAGCUAGCGUUGCUUCGAUCAAGUAUUUCGUGGGCUCACAGCCUUGAUUGCAAACAAAACACAAUAACAAACAACCAUCCUGGUUUCCUUUCUCUUUUUAGUCAUGUAGUCGAUGUGUUUCUUGUCACGCUAAAUUACGUUUGAACAAUCGGUGCAGCGCUGCAACAUGACGAGCGCGUUGCCCGUUAACGGAUUUAUGAAUUCCAAUAACCCUCAACCAGCUCUUGCUGAACAAACGACCGGCGGAGGGGUCGUUCGUUUAGACAAGAGCAAAGAAUGGCAAAUGGAACUCCUGAUGGAGAAACUACGCUCAAAGGCUUCCUCAUUCAAGUCUUUGGUGGAGAGCGCAAAGAAUGUUCGUAUGGCUAUGUUGGAAAAAAGGUUUGGAAUUGAUAGUGUUGAAAAAAAUCAGCUUCAAAAGUGCUUAGAUACAUUGCAGCAUUCGAUUAAAGUUACAUCUUUACAGUCUAUGAUUGAAAGAUUGGAAAGUUUAUCUAGACAGUUAGGAUUAAAAUUUGUGAUAACUACUACUAUACCAACAAUCACUCAGUUGUUCAUAUCUUCAGAUAUGUUUUAUCUAGAAAUUUCAUUAGAACAAUCAGGGGCAGUGAAGGAUGUAAAAAUUCAGCAUGAAGGCAAGCAAGAACAGCAGAGUUGUGAAGAGUUGGUUGCUUGUCUUUCUCAAGGUGAUUUUGCUGAUUUUACAGCUCAGCUUGAGGGUUUUGCAUCAAUUUAUCAACUAAAUGCUGAUAAGAAAGUAAAAAGCAGAGCUUUCAGUGCAUUACAAUCUCUAGAAACUGAUUUAGGAAUUUUAGCUCAACUACAAAUAUUUAUUAUCUCUCAACCAUUUAAUGCUGUUCAUAAAAGUCCUGUUGGUGUUCUUGAGAAAAGGAAAGGUGGACAUGCAAUGAAGUUAACCUACUUUGUGUCUCCGUACGAUCGAAUAGAUUUAGAAAACAAAACUUGUGAACCUUUAAGCUUGGAGACUGUGAUAUCAAAAAAAGUCGGACAUUCCGUUACUGUUUGCAUGGAAGGAUCUACAGCUCAUAAAUUACCUACAUCAAGUAUCAUUACUUUAAACAAGGGUACUACAGGAAUAAGUACACCUUCAUAUGCUCCAUUGACAGGGGCAAAUUCAUCAAUGUUACCUGCUUGUUUCGUUUUAAAAUUAGCUAAGAAAAUGCCUAUGUGUUUAGAACUGAUACGUCGGAUACAAAAAGUCACAGAACUUGAGUGCACUGACUUAUCAGCCCCUCAUCCUUUAUUAAGUCUCAUUGUUCAACACGCUAGUGAUAAACAGUUGGAUUGUCAGCAUAAUAAGGGUCUUGCAGUUAGUCUUCCAGAUCAGCAACAUGUUUACUUCAUGACAGAGAACAAAAAUAUGGAAGGCGUGCUAGUAGGCAGUAUACCCUUCACACAUCCAGGUCACGUUCCACGGAUCCUCAACUUCCUUCGUCAACAAGCCUUAUUCAAUACCCUCAUCUCCAGUUGUAUAAGGCCGAUGGCAAGAUCUGAUCCAGAACAUACUACGAUCUUUGAAGUGAGCGCUCUGUCCUGGCAGUGUAUAUCUAUUAGCUUGGAACAUCCAUUUGAGGAAACCUUAGCUACAGCCGAACUCGAUUUAUCGGAAAUUGCAGCACUAAAAUGCAAGCUCUACGGCGUGAGCAUAAAUAACUCGGAACAAACGUCGGAUUUAGCAGGCAGAGUACUCCAACAUUGUCUCAGUAUUCCCUUAACAAUGCGUACCCUUAUCAAAACUUGGGAAACCUUCAUGUUGAACCCGCAGACGAUUGGCGGCAACAGUAAUGAGGAUAUCAAGAAUAAAGAAGAACCAGGCACGAUGAAUGGAGCCAACUUAUCGAGCCGACAGCAGAUGCAGCAACAACAGCCCCAACCGCAGAAUCAACAACAGAAUCAGCAGCCAACUCAACAACAAUCGCAGCAGUCUUUUUUAGAGGCCGGAACGGAGAAUAGUAUCGGGUUUCCGUCAUUGUCCGGCCCCACCGUCUCGGCAGCCGAUACGACCCCGCACAAGUCGACGUCGUCGUCAACGUCUUCGUCAUCGUCGUCGCGCAAACAGCAGCGCAAAGAACAGCAAACUUGGCCAAAGAUCAAGAGCGAACCAGGCGAGAUUGUCGCCGUGGAUAGCUCGAGUUCAGACGGCUCAACGACCACGCCACUUGGUACACCAACGAGCGCAAGAACGCCAACUCCAACAUCUGCGCAUAGCGGGGGUAUGGAUUUGUCCAACAUCAUAGAUCCUUUGGAGAUAUUGCAUACAGAUAAGACUAUAGAGUAUGAUAUUGACACCGAGGAGAUAAUGCAGGUUGAGCCUGUUGUCAGUGUCGAGGAGGCUCUCAAGAGAAAAAUCAAAAAGGAAAAACUGAGUCCUACAACGAUUUUCGAGGAUAACAAGAAUUUAGUUUCGCCAUCAGUUAGCAUCACGCCGAUUUCCAGUUCGGGACAGAAUACCAAUUACAAUUCGAUGUUGACAAGUAUGGGUUUAGAACGGAGGCCAGGUAUUGAAAUCAUACCUAUCACCAAUUUGACACAGACGUCUUUACCAAGUUCGAUCACCAUUACGGCAAUUAAUAAUCCGUCAAAGUCGUCAUCAUCUUCGUCAUCGUUGGGGGACGAUCGGAAGGAAAGGAAAAGCAGCUCCAAAAAUCGAGAUGAGAGUAAGCUGAAGUUUGAGAAAAAACGAAAACGCAAGCGAGAUUCAAGUCCCAUGGGUCCACCGGAAAAAUUGCCUCUCAAACAAGAUCCUUUAUCAAAACCAGUGUCGGUCAGCAUCAAACCUACUUCGGAUGUAUCACCAUCGCGAUCAACAUCACCGACACUUCGUAAGUUCAGUCCAUCGCCAACACGUAACAAUCCUUUAGUCCUCGUGGGCAAAGCAAGUCCAACUUCUCUCAAACAAUCGAGUAGCAAACAGAGUCCCAAGCACUCACCAGUAUACAGCAGCCCGAAGCAUGUACCUAGUGGUACGAGUCCAAAACACGGCACAUCGUCACCAAAGCAUGGCAAUUCUGGCAAACCCAGCAUGUCAGCGCUGAAAUCUGCGACGAGUUCUCCUUCGCACAAAAGUGAUUCGUCGAGUAUAACUGCUAAAACCAAAAUAUCCUCACUAACGCCUUCAACUUCGCCUUCAUCAUCGGCUGUAACACUCACAAGUAUAUCACCAUCAUCGACGUCGUCGUCGUCAUCGUCGUCGUCAUCAUCGUCUUCGUCGUCGUCGUCAUCAUCCUCAUCGUCGACAUCGUCGUCUUUAAACAAGGAACCAAGAGAUAAAGAAAGGAAAUCGACGUCGAUGGUGUUUGGAGGCUCUAGCCCAAAAUCGAAAAGCCUCACGGCCAAACCCAAACCUACCGAAGAGCAGUCUCCGGGAAACGGAGGAGCUACGCCACCGAUGUCUGAUCCUAACAAAGCUGCAGCAACUCAACAACAAACGAGAAUUAGAAAAGGAUCGCUCAGCGCUGUUAUCGACAAGCUAAAAAAUGCACAUUACUGCACGGAUGAUGUGCCAGCCAACUUGUCUCAAAGUGCAUCUGGUGCCUCGGCUAAUCCAGUUGUGAAAAACCCAGACACUAAGAAUCCUACAGAAUACAUGGUCAAGCCUAGCUCAGAUGGAAUAAAGUUGACGAUUAAUAAGACCAGAACGAAAGAUCUUAAGUCGAAUAAUAAUAACUUAAAACUUCCUAUGAUCAAUCUACCGGGUACGUGUCCUACAGGUUCCGGAGGUAUCUCGCCCUCAGGUUCAGGAAAUGGCUCGCCCAAAACCUAUACUGGACUCAAGCCUGGAGUAAUCUCCGGACCUGCUUCUAGGAAACCGCAGGCGCAAACGUCGCCUAAGAUGAGAUCAACAUCACCAUUAACUUCGAGUAAUUUAAGCAGCAGCUCUGCAGGCAAAUCAGGUCAAAAAAUUCCUGGCAGCAGUCUAAAAUCCAGUUCUAAUUUGUUAUCAAGCGGCUUAUCAGGCAAAACCUCCAAAUCUUUUUCAUCGACAAGCGGUUCACUAAAACAGAGUUCGAUGUCAGGAGAUUUUGGACGUGCAAAAGAGAAAGCGAGAUUCAAAUCCGGCGACAAAUCAUUUACAAACAAAGCUGGUGAUUUAAGAAAGCCAAAUCCAUCUGCAAUGGAAACCGAAGGAGAGAAAGCUUUCAAGUUGUUGGCUCAUGCCUCCAUGGGAAAUUUAUUGAAUACACCUGGAUUUCCAUUAGUAGUGGAAGGUCUGAAGAAGCAAUUUGACACAAAUUUUCAAAUCCCAAAAUUAUCCGCGAGAGCGAAUGCAGAAAAUACUGAAAAACGGUCGGUAGAUAAAGUGGACACUAGUUCUAAACCUUCUUCAUCUGACAUAGCCAGCAGAAUACAAAACGUGCCUAAGAUGGAAAUAUCAAGUACAGUCGUUGACUUUGCUUCGGAAUCUUCCAGUACGUCGGCGAACAACGAGUCUGACAUGCCUACCAAUCUGUCUAUGCAAGCAGAUGACAAACCGGAGCUGAGUGGUAGUAGAGGAUUAUUAAGCGCUAAUGCAGAAUCAAAAGAUGUUGUGGACUCGGCUGCAAGUAAAGCUUCGUCUUAUUCGUCAGGUAAUGAUAACAUGGAGAGUUUGAAUCUCGUUUCCAAAAAUGCCGAAAAGUUUAAGCCUUCGGAUGAAAAAGAACAGCAGCAUCAAGCUUUUCAUCGAGUUUCUCAAGUUGAAAAGAAACUGUUGGAAGCCGGAAUUACGACAUCGGCCAGUGUCACUCUUACUCCAAUUCCUUCUAGUUCCUCGGCUUCAACGGCCAAUCCAAGCUCACAAGAAGCGGCAGAGAUGUUACUGGAUUUUUCCACGCCGAAAGAAGCCGCAAGUACGACCAUUUUGCCCCUAAAAACUCCACUUUCGUUAUCCGCCUCGCCUUCUCCAUUUCAAAAAAAUACAACGCCACCGCCCCCACCGCCGCCACCUCCGCUUCCACCACCGUCGUCGAUACUACCUUCUGUACCGCCCUCGGUCUCACCUAUUUCGAGCUUUCCCCAAAGUCCUUCCGUCAGUUUGCACAUCGUCAAGAGUCCUGCUCCUUCGCCCAGGGUCAUUCCUUUAUCGCCACACUCAGCAUCGCCUUGUAUCACCGACGACGAGCUUAUGGAUGAAGCUCUUGUUGGUUCUUGAAACUUUUGGAAAAAUAGAGUACAACAAAGAAUAUGGUUCUCUAUAUCUUAUUACAUCUCAAAGCGUAGUAAUGUUAUCUAGCUAAAUCAUAAAAAAUAUUAUAUUUUGGAAACGUAUCUUUGAUGCCAGCUGUACGAUGCUUACGCGCGAGUUAAGUGUGAAUUUCAAGAAUAGAAAAGUAGAAGUCGAAGUAAUUUUCAUUAAUAUACCGAGACAUUACUCGACGGACAAUCAUGUAGGAAACAGAAAAGCUUGAGUUAUCGAAACAUCAUUACCCAUGACAGCGCAGAAGAUAACUUGAAUAAGUGAGUUGGUUACAUAUUCAUCAUUCAUCAUAUGAUAUCUGCGUACGUACCAACGUUGUAUUAACUGUUAUAAAUUUGCUAAAUUGUUGAGCAAAGACGAUCAGAAUACUUUCGACGCCUUAAUGUUAGAAAGUUUCGCGAUGAUGGUUAAACCGUUUGGACUUUCUAAAAAUCAAAACGAUUCGAUAUUUUUUCGAUCCAGCUUUUAAAGAUUUUUUUUUUUUUUCAUUAAAAAUGGCAAAUUUUCCGUUUCGUGAAAACUUCACAAGUUCAUGUAUUUUCUAUAUAACAGUAAAAUAAAAGCUUCAAUCAUUUAACGUUAUAAAAUUUUAAGGAAAAAAAUAUCGAAUCGUUUUGUCUAUGAUAGGUACAAAUGUACGUUUGUAAGAGUAAGGAAAAAAAUUAUAAUUUAAUUUGUAUAGAGAUUAUAUCUGUAUAUGUACAUAUAUACAUACCACCAGCAUCUACUCGUGCAUACAUCCAUGUAAUUAUUAUUAUUAUUCCGGAUAUAUUACUAUUAAUUCUAUUAUUACACGUUGUUUGAACUUUAUCGUUAGAUGCAUACAAAAGGAAAACUUACAUGUAAAUGCAGCGCCAAUAAAUUAAUUUUCUUUUUUUAUAUAUUUCUUGUUGUUUCUGGAAAUUGUCCUCAAAUACCAAAUGUGUAAACAACUAAUCAUUUCUCGACAAUAACAAAUUUAUUAUAACAAAUUCUCCAACAUUAAAUCUAGACAAAAGCACACAGUUUUUGAAAAAUCAUACUUUGCUACAUA